CGCCCGCCAUUUUAUGUGAAGGCAGCACAAGAGACGACGAAACUUACCUGUGAACAGAAACACGCUGUGCACGACAAGAGAAAGACCAUUGAAUGCAGCAGAUCGUCUUGGGGAUUAACCGUGUGCGCUCACAGUUCUGUGUGUUUUCAUACAAACGGUUUCUCCCGAGGUAUUGGAGAAUUUCCGUGCGAAAAUUGAAUGCAGACCUGAGGUAAACCAUGACGCAGUUUCUUCCCCCCAACCUAUUGGCUUUGUUUGCCCCCCGAGACCCCAUUCCGUUUCUGCCCCAGUUGGAGAAGCUUCCUCAUGAGAAACACCACAACCAGCCAUACUGUGGAAUCGCGCCAUUCAUCCAACACUUUGAGGACCCCAGGGAUGCUCCGCCACCCACCAGAGCCGAAACUAGAGAUGAGCGAUUAGAAAGAAAAAGACGAGAAAAGAUUGAGAGAAGACAGACUGUUGUUGAAGACGAGCUGAAGUUGUGGGAUCCUCACAAUGACCCAAAUGCACAAGGGGAUGCCUUCAAGACACUGUUUGUGGCACGAAUUAACUAUGAUACCACAGAAUCCAAGCUGAGAAGAGAAUUUGAGGUCUAUGGACCCAUCAAAAGGAUUUACAUAGUCUACAACAAGAGGACGUCAAAGCCCCGUGGAUACGCCUUCAUCGAGUAUGAACACGAGAGGGACAUGCACUCUGCCUACAAGCACGCUGAUGGCAAGAAGAUCGACGGCAGAAGGGUGCUCGUGGACGUGGAGAGAGGUCGCACAGUGAAAGGCUGGCAUCCACGUAGACUUGGUGGUGGCCUGGGUGGAACUAGAAGGGGUGGGGCAGAUGUCAACAUUAAGCACUCUGGGAGGGAUGACACCUCACGCUAUGAUGACCGACCGAUCGGAGGCGAUCGGGACCGUGACCGGGAGCGACGAGAAAGAAGCCGUGAACGUGAGCCGCGUGGUGGCGGUGGCGGCGGCGGUGGCGCACCCGUCGAGAAGGAGCGCGAGCGCCGCCGCUCCCGUUCCAGAGAACGGCGGCGCCGCUCCCGCUCCCGGGAGAGAGAGCGGGCCGUGCCAGAGGAAGGGAGGCGGAGGGAAAGAGAGAGGGAGCGCGGAGGUGGCGCAGGAGCGGCCCCAGACACCCGCAGCCGAGAGCGCAGUCGAGACCGCGGCGAGCGCAAGAGGAGGAGCAGGAGCAGGGACAGGAAGAGGGACAGGGAGAGGGGGAAGGGAGCGGAGGGAGGUGAAGAGGGCCCCGGCAUGGAAGGCAUGAUGGGAGAUGGAGGAGAGCGUGGGAUGGACGAGAUGGGUGGUGGCGACAUGGGCCGUGGGGAGGAGCCAGGGAUGGAGGGAGAGGAAGGGAGAGGAGGAGGCAGAGACAGGGAUAGAGAGAGGGGGGAUAGAGACCGAGACAGACGGAGGAGUCACCGGGACAAGGACAGGGAUAGGGACCGUGAGAGGAGGAGGGGGGACAGAGACAGGGACCGCGAGCACAAGAGAGAGCGGGGUGACCGCGAGCGGGGUAGUGACCGUGGGAGGGAGGAUCGUCACUCUAUGCUGCCCUCUGGUGAUAUGGAGGGACUGGGCAACGGAGGUGAGGAGGGUGGCGACUCCAUGCCGCCCCGGUCUGAGGAGGGCUCGCAGGAUGGCAUGCGGAUGAUGAUGGACCAGGAGUCCAUGCAGUCUGGCGAAGACUACGGCUCCAACGAGAACGGCUAUAAAAUGGAGGCCCAGGCCGAUGAAUACUGAGGCAACUGAACCCUACUGACACAUCACAUACUUUUUUUUUUGUUCCUGUCGUCCUUUGACAUGUAGGUUUGGGGCAAGGGUUUAACCACAUGGGCCCCUCCUCACGCUUACCUGGAUUAUGCUCAGUUAUACAUAGGAAUAAGAAGCUGUGAUAAAGCUACUGUUAACCAAUGUGGUUGAGUCCAGGCUGUUGUCUUCAGACAUAGAGAAUCUAUAGGAACUUGUGAAAUUGAAUCCACUUGUACACUGUGGCUUCUAAGCCCCCCCCCCCCCCCCCCCCUGUCCAAGAAAAGACCCCCACUUCCAUCUUUACUUUGUCAUAAAUUGACUUUAACACAUCUGUAUCUAUGACGACUGUUGUGCUUUUCGUACUAUUGGUCUCUGUUAACUGUAGCAUCGAAACAGUUUUACGUGAGAUGCCAAUCUCCGUAUGCUUUUGUUGUCUUUUUUUCAUGAUCACUAUUGUUGGUUUAUUUUUUGAAAAUGGCUCCCCACACUAGCUCUUUGUACUCAAUACGCAAGGGACAAAUUAACAGUGACCGAUUCUGCUUUAUGAAGCUAAUGCACCCCAAACAGAUUGCGUUUUAAUCUAAAGAGAAUGUUGCCAUAGGUUCACACAUUUUGCUUUUCUUUGUAAUUAUUGUAAGUGUUUUGAUUAUUUUUGAAAGCCUUUGUGAACCGCUCCCUUGGUGUUAUUUGAUUCUGUACUGCAUCUCCAUUCUCUUUAAUAAAUACUUUUUUACUUA